UCUUCUCCACCCAGAACACGCAUUGGUGAGUGGCGCAGGGCGGGAGGGAACUGAAAAGUGAGAAAGCAGUAUUUCAGCAAAAGGUCUUUCCUCCCUCUGUCAAUCCUCCAACCACUGGCUCAGCCUCUCCGCCCGCUGCCUGUGAAUGAUGCAAUGGAAGGUGUGCUGGGGUCGCCCCAUGUCCCGUGCAUAGGAACAUCUCAGCCUCCAGGUCCUCUCCUUUGGGGCUCACGGCACCCCCAUGCUACAAACCGCAGGCAGGGACGGCCUCUGUCGCCUGUCCACCUACUUGGAAGAACUCGAGGCUGUGGAGCUGAAGAAGUUCAAGUUAUACCUGGGGACCGUGACAGAGCUGGGAGAAGGCAAGAUCCCCUGGGGACGCAUGGAGACGGCCGGUCCCCUGGAAAUGGCCCAGCUGCUCAUCACCCACUUUGGGCCAGAGGAGGCCUGGAGGUUGGCUCUCAGCACCUUUGAGCGGAUGAACAGGAAGGACCUGUGGGAGAGAGGACACAGAGAGGACCUGGUGAGGGAUACCCCACCUGGUGGCCCGUCCCCACCUGGGAACCAGUCAACAUGCCUUCUGGAAGUCUCUCUUGUCACUCCAAGAAAAGAUCCCCAGGAAACCUACAGGGACUAUGUCCGCAGGAAAUUCCGGCUCAUGGAAGACCGCAAUGCACGCCUAGGGGAAUGUGUCAACCUCAGCCACCGGUACACCCGGCUCCUGUUGGUGAAGGAGCACUCGAACCCCAUGCAGGCUCAGCAGCAGCUUCUGGACACAGGCCGGGGACACGCGAGGACCGUGGGACACCAGGCUAGCCCCAUCAAGAUAGAGACUCUCUUUGAGCCAGACGAGGAGCGCCCCGAGCCACCGCGCACCGUGGUCAUGCAAGGCGUGGCAGGGAUAGGCAAGUCCAUGCUGGCACAUAAGGUGAUGCUGGACUGGGCGGACGGGAAGCUCUUCCAAGGCAGAUUUGAUUAUCUCUUCUACAUCAACUGCAGGGAGAUGAACCAGAGUGCCACGGAAGGCAGCAUGCAAGACCUCAUCUCCAGCUGCUGGCCCGAGCCCAGCGCGCCUCUCCAGGAGCUCGUCCGAGUUCCCGAGCGCCUCCUUUUCAUCAUCGACGGCUUCGAUGAGCUCAAGCCUUCUUUCCACGAUCCUCAGGGACCCUGGUCCCUCUGUUGGGAGGAGAAACGGCCCACGGAGCUGCUUCUUAACAGCUUAAUUCGGAAGAAGCUGCUCCCUGAGCUAUCUUUGCUCAUCACCACACGGCCCACAGCUUUGGAGAAGCUCCACCGUCUUUUGGAGCACCCCAGGCAUGUGGAGAUCCUGGGCUUCUCCGAGGCAGAAAGGAAGGAAUACUUCUACAAGUAUUUCCACGAUGCAGAGCAGGCGGGCCAAGUCUUCAAUUACGUGAGGGACAAGGAGCCUCUCUUCACCAUGUGCUUUGUCCCCCUGGUGUGCUGGGUGGUGUGUACCUGCCUCCAGCAGCAGCUGGAGGGUGGGGGGCUGUUGAGACAGACGUCCAGGACCACCACUGCGGUGUACAUGCUCUACCUGCUGAGUCUGAUGCAACCGAAGCCCGGGACCCCGCGCCUCCAGCCUCCACCCAACCAGAGAGGGUUGUGCUCCUUGGCGGCAGACGGGCUCUGGAAUCAGAAAAUCCUAUUUGAGGAGCAGGACCUCCGGAAGCACGGCCUAGACGGGGCGGACGUCUCUGCCUUCCUCAACAUGAACAUUUUCCAGAAGGACAUCAACUGUGAGAGGUACUACAGCUUCAUCCACUUGAGUUUCCAGGAAUUCUUUGCAGCUAUGUACUAUAUCCUGGACGAGGCGGAGCGCGGGGCAGGCCCAGACCAGGACGUGACCAGGCUGUUGACCGAGUACGCGUUUUCUGAAAGGAGCUUCCUGGCGCUCACCAGCCGCUUCCUGUUUGGACUCCUGAACGAGGAGACCAGGAGCCACCUGGAGAAGAGUCUCUGCUGGAAGGUCUCGCGGCACAUCAAGAUGGACCUGUUGCGGUGGAUCCAAAGCAAAGCUCAGAGCGACGGCUCCACCCUGCAGCAGGGCUCCUUGGAGUUCUUCAGCUGCUUGUACGAGAUCCAGGAGGAAGAAUUUAUCCAGCAGGCUCUGAGCCACUUCCAGGUGAUCGUGGUCAGCAACAUUGCCUCCAAGAUGGAGCACAUGGUCUCCUCGUUCUGUGUGAAGCACUGCAGGAGCGCCCAGGUGCUGCACUUGUAUGGCGCCACCUACUGCGCGGACGGGGAAGACCGGGCGAGGUGCUCUGCAGGCGCGCACACGCUGUUGGUGCAGCUACCAGAGAGGACCAUUCUGCUGGACGCCUACAGUGAACAUCUGGCAGCGGCCCUGUGCACCAAUCCAAACCUGAUAGAGCUGUCUCUGUACCGAAAUGCCCUGGGCAGCCGGGGGGUGAAGCUGCUGUGUCAAGGACUCAGACACCCCAACUGCAAACUUCAGAACCUGAGGCUGAAGAGGUGUCGCAUCUCCAGCUCAGCCUGUGAGGACCUCUCUGCAGCUCUCAUAGCCAAUAAGAAUUUAACAAGGAUGGAUCUCAGUGGCAACGGUGUUGGAUUCCCAGGCAUGACGCUGCUUUGCGAGGGCCUGCGGCAUCCCCAAUGCAGGCUGCAGAUGAUUCAGUUGAGGAAGUGUCAGCUGGAGUCCGGGGCUUGUCAGGAGAUGGCUUCUGUGCUCAGCACCAACCCACAUCUGGUUGAGUUGGACCUGACAGGAAAUGCACUGGAGGAUUUGGGCCUGAGGUUACUGUGCCAGGGACUGAGGCACCCCAUCUGCAAACUACGGACUUUGUGGCUAAAGAUCUGCCACCUCACUGCUGCUGCCUGUGAAGAGCUGGCCUCAACUCUCAGCGUGAACCAGAGCCUGAGAGAGCUGGACCUGAGCCUGAAUGAGCUGGGGGACACCGGGGUGCUGCUGCUGUGUGAGGGCCUCCAGCAUCCCAUGUGCAAGCUCCAGACCCUCCGGUUGGGCAUCUGCCGGCUGUGCUCUGCCGCCUGUGAGGGUCUUUCUGCGGUGCUCCAGGCCAACCACAACCUCCGGGAGCUGGACUUGAGUUUCAACGACCUGGGAGACCAGGGCCUGUGGUUGCUGGCUGAGGGGCUGCAACAUCCCGCCUGCAAACUCCAGAAAAUGUGGCUGGAUAGCUGUGGCCUCACAGCCAAGGCUUGUAAGAAUCUUUACUUCACCCUGGGGAUCAACCAGACCUUGACCCACCUUUAUCUGACUAACAACGCCCUAGGGGACACAGGUGUCCGACUGCUUUGCAAGCGGCUGAGCCAUCCUGGCUGCAAACUCCGAGUCCUCUGGUUAUUUGGGAUGGACCUGAAUAAAAUGACCCACAGUAGGUUGGCAGCGCUUCGAGUAACAAAACCUUAUUUGGACAUCGGCUGCUGAAUGGUCCUAUCUGCUGGCUGUACUCUGAGAUCUGGACAGAGGAAGAUGGGAGGGUGCUCAUCACCCCCACAGCAUAAUGAUCAGGCUCCUUCCUAGAGACAAACUCAUGCAGAUUGAGAUCAAAAGUCCCUCUGCUUGGAUCAAAUUAAUGUUUGAUGGAGCUGGCCAGGCGCAGUGGCUCGUGUCUGUAAUCCCAGCACUUCAAGAGGCCGAGGCAGGUGGAUCACGAGGUCAGGAGUUUGAGAUCAGCCUGGCCAAGAUGGUGAAACUGUGUCUCUACUAAAAAUAAAAAAAAAAUUAGCCGGG